AUGGCACUGCAAGUUAAGUUCGACUUGUACGAAGAUGACCACGAUUCAGAUUCCUUAGCUCAAUCGUAUGAGAAACUUUCAGACGAGUCUUUAUUAUGGGGCCCUUAUAGAUCUGGUUUAUAUUUUGGUAUCCGGCCAAGGAUUCCAAAAUCAUUGCUUUCAGGACUCAUGUGGUUUAGCGUUAAUGACUACGAAGGUGUGGCAAACAUAAAACAUUCUUAUGAACAAGCUGACAACAUGCGGAAGGCAAAUUGGAUAAGUUAUGAUCCUAGAACUGGAGGAAGACAAGUAAUUGAUGAUUUGGAGAACCACGUUACAUUAGUAAUUGAUUUUGUCAAAAGUAGCGAUGGUAAAUCUUGGGGAGUAACUGUGAAAUCAAAGCCUCAUAAGGGAUUUGAAUCUUCCAAGAUUUCAUUUGUGUGGUAUUCCGGCCUCGAAGGAGAGAGAAACGAGAAUGGUGUCACUGAAAGGACUGGCCACAUAAAGUUAGACAAUCCGAAAGAUUCGAGGGGAUAUGACGAGACAGUGAAGAUACUGGGUGUAUCAGAAGAAUUGGGACUAUUCGAAGUAGAGAUAACUGAUGGACCUUCUACGAACAAGCAUCCAGAAGUUUCCCGGUUAUUAGAUCCUACUACUGAUCCAACUAAGACCCACCACCUCUCUCUAGUAGUUCCUGAUGAUAAUGUUUGGAGAGCAAAGGAUAUCUUCAUGACCUUGUUGCAAGAAUCUGUGAAAGAUUUGAUUGAGAGGUAUGAGACUUUGGAGUAUUUUCCUCCUGAGCAAUCUUACUUACUAAGGGAUCUCCAGGAUUUUGAGGGUAAUCUUCACUUCGUUCAAAAAACAUACGAGGGUAGGGCUGAAUUUGACAUUUUCUUCAAGAGUUCGCUAACUCCGGCAACCGAACAAAUAACUUCUGAGAAUAUUAGGUCCAAAGUUAAAUCUGCAAAGAAGGAGUUUAAUGAGAAGUUCAAAAGCUCGUUCCCAUUGAGUGCACCAUUUAACAACUCGAAGAAGCACGAUUUAUUCGCAAAGGAAAUCAUUUCUGGCUUACUAGGUGGAUUAUCAUACUUUUACGGUGAUCAAUUAGUUGAUAGAGAAACUGUUUUUGAUGAAGAUUCCUUUGAGUCUUACGAAUUGCAUGGAACCUUGGAAGGCCCUCGAGAGUUAUUUACAUUGGUUCCUUCCAGACCCUUUUUCCCUAGGGGUUUCUUAUGGGAUGAAGGCUUUCACUUAUUGCCUUUGUUGGACUACGAUUCAGAUUUAGCAUUGGAUAUAAUGAAAUCCUGGUUUAAGUUGAUUGACGAUAAUGGGUGGAUCGCACGGGAGCAAAUUUUGGGACCAGAACUGAGGUCAAGAGUACCUGAACAAUUUAUAACGCAAAGUCCGGAGAUUGUUAACCCUCCAACAUUAAUGCUUGCAUUUACGUUCUUGUUAGAAAGUGUGCAAAACAAUGAGAUGGACAUUCUUGAUCCAUCAAAGGUGGAGGACUCGGGCUCGUUUGAAGAUGCGAGGGUUCUUGGUCUGACACUCGUGUCUAACCAAGAACUCUUAAAGAGUUACACGAAAGAAUUGUAUCCAAAAUUAAAAGCAUAUUAUGAAAACUUUCGUAAGUCUCAACAAGGCUAUAUUGCAGAGUUUAAUAGAGGUGAUAAUAGAGAGGGUUAUAGAUGGAGGGGUAGGACAUUGACACAUUCCCUCGCCAGUGGUCUUGACGACUAUCCUAGAGUACUUCCUGCAGACGUUGCGGAGUUGAAUGUGGAUUUGUUGUCUUGGAUUGGGGUCAUGACUAGAUCGAUGAAAUACAUCGCAGAAGUAUCUGGCUUUACGGAAGAUUUCCAUCAUUAUCAAAAUAUCGAACUGGACAUCAUUCAGAAUAUUGAGCAUCUUCACUGGUCUGAGGAAGAAAAAACAUACUGUGAUGUGUCUGUGGACGAUGAUGAUGAAAAUAUCUAUUUCUGUUCGAAGGGAUACGUUUCUUUAUUCCCAUUCUUAACUAAAAUGAUCCCCAGCAAUGACACGGAAAAGCUUACACAUAUUGUUGAUCUGAUAUCGGAUCCCGAGCAACUUUGGACUGAUUUUGGUAUCAGAUCAUUAUCCAAGUCAGAUGAAUACUACAAAACGGGUGAAGACUAUUGGAGGUCUCCGAUUUGGAUCAAUAUAAACUAUCUUAUUUUGGAUAGUAUGUAUCACUACAAGUCUAGGCUACUUAGAUCUAGUGACCAGGAGCUCAAGGACAAGUUAUCAACAGCAUACGAGCAAUUAAGAUUAAAUUUGGUCAACAAUAUAGUCGAUAAGUGGGAAGAAACUGGUUAUGUUUGGGAACAGUAUAAUGAUGAAACAGGAAGCUCGCAAGGAGCAAAGAACUUCUUAGGUUGGUCUUCUACAGUGAUAUUGAUGAUGAAAAUGCCUGCAACUAUUUAG